UUCGUUCGCAGUAACUGUUCUUUUCAAUCAUUCAUUCAGCUCGGACGUGGAAUCAACUUUUACAAAGCGCGUGUUUGUUAUUAAUUUUUUACUGUAAUCCUUGUGCAAGAGUGCAUUUUAAAAUCAAGGAAUAAAAGUGCAUCUUUGUGCAGCGGUGCAAUGAAUCAACCUCGAAGAAGCAGUACGCAUAAAGUUUCGUUACGUUUGGUCGUCGUGUUUGGAAGGAUUUGGAAGCGUCGCCAGCAUCAUCAGAGGAAAAGAUCCGAGCAAGAAUAGAAGCAAAAAAAGUGGGCGAAAAAAAAGUGAAGCACUUGGAUUAGUGUUGUGGACGGGAGUAUCGGAAACCCAUCGCGAGCGGAUUUGUGUUGGAUUUUGCGACGAGUAGCAGCAGAAUUGUUGAAUGUGGUGGAUUUGGUGAAAGGUUAUCAGUAUUGCACGGUUACAGGCCAAAAGUGGACAUGUUGAGGAGGUGGAAAAGGAUUUUCCAGAUGUUGCCUUUGUUGCUGGUGAUAUUGUUGAUGGGAGCGCACAGUGAAUCUGUGCCCAAACGAAACGAGGAUUGCACUGCUGUUGCAAAAGAUGAGGAAACGUUGCUGGUGUUCUCCACUCUUGGUGGUGGAUUGACGGCCAUUGACCCCAUGACGGGUGAAGUUCGAUGGUCCAUUGAAGAUGAGCCAGCCGUACAGGUUCCAUCGUUGUCAGGGAUGAACACUCACUAUCUGCCGGAUCCUCGGGACGGUAGCCUUUACACGUACCGGAAUCCUGAGGGUGGUCUGAAGAAGCUCCCCUACACCAUUCCUCAGCUGGUAGCAAACGCUCCGUGCCGAUCCAGCGAUGGGAUCCUCUAUUCGGGGAAGAAAAGCGAUGACUGGUUCCUGAUUGACCCAAAAACGGGCCGACGCGAAAAGGUUCUAGGAUUCGGUACGCCAUUGGACCGGGAGAAAGCCGAAUCGAUCGGAUGGGCCACCUCGCGGUCCGUCUACCUCGGACGAACCCAGUAUACCGUAAUGAUGUACGACAGCAUGUCCUCCGACCAGAACUCGAAACCGUGGAAUGUCACGUUUUUCGAUUACACUUCGCACACGAUGGCUCCGGAACUGACGAAGGAGUACGAAUUCCUUCAUUUAACCAGUAGCUCAUCAGGAAUGACGGUUACCAUCGAACGGAAGAAGGGCACCUCUCUGUGGCAAAAGGAUCUCUCCAGCCCGGUGGUGGCGGUUUUCCUGCUCGGGUCCGAAGGUCUCCUAAGCGUGCCGUUCCAGACGGUUUCCGACGAUGCACUGCGCGACAUCAAAGAGGAGGGCCACAUCAACAACGUGAACCUAUUCCCCAGCUUGUACGUGGGAGAAUUAACCAACACCAUUUACGCCAUUCCGUCGAUGGUGGAUAAGCAUACGGCCACGUUGCCGUCCGAGCCGAGGGUCAAUUUACUCGGCGGUCCCAAGAGGAGUGAAACGGAUGAUCCCUCCACACACGAUCUAAUAGCUACGGAUACGGUUCAAAUGCAAAAUGAUAACAUAAUCAUUCUAGGGCAUUACCAGCCUCCGAAGACGGAUGAAAGUCUCAAGUUGCACAUUUCUCCUGGCUCGGCGGGGCGGAUGUUCAAGGAUGGUCAACUGUCGACGGUGCUGUUGGGGUACAGUGGGCUGCCCAAAGCUGAGGAGAACGUGAAAACCAUUGGAGUUCAAACGGAUGAUGAUCAGAUCCCUCGAAGAAAUGCAUCAAUCUAUGCAAACGAGACCAGCUUCAAAGCGUUGAUGGGACGGAUGUAUCUGGAUGUGAAGUUCUGGCUGGAAGCGCAGCCUAACAAACUGCCGACGAUGAUGUUCGUCGCAUUGUUUGGAAUGGUGGUGUUCGGGUUCUGGUAUUUCCACCUACAGAUGAGGGCGUUGCAGGAGCAAAGCCAGAAUGGUUCACAAACCAAUUCGAACCGUAGCAGUGGGGGUAAUUACGCAGAAACGAUCGAUUUCGGCGAUGGUGAAAUACGGGUGGGAAAGAUUAAUUUCAACACCCAGGAUGUGCUGGGGAAGGGUUGCGAGGGCACGUUUGUGUUUAGGGGGACGUUUGAAAAGAGGGAGGUUGCUGUGAAGAGAAUAUUACCGGGUUGUUUUACGUUGGCGGACAGGGAGGUGGCACUGCUGAGAGAGAGCGAUGCCCAUGAGAAUGUGGUGAGGUAUUUUUGUACUGAACAGGAUCGACAGUUUCGGUAUAUUGCUGUAGAGCUGUGUGCUGCCACGUUGCAGGAAUAUGUGGAUCCAAAAUCAGGCGAGGCUUUUCAGAAGCAGAUAUCAUUGCUGGAAGUGCUCCAGCAGGCUACGAAUGGGUUGAUGCAUUUACACUCGCUGAACAUUGUUCAUAGAGAUAUUAAACCACAGAAUAUUUUGUUGUCGCUGCCGGAUAACAAAAAACGAGUCCGAGCGAUGAUUUCGGACUUUGGAUUGUGCAAAAAGUUAAAUUAUGGGAAAGCAAGCUUUUCAAGGAGAUCGGGAGUUACGGGUACUGAUGGAUGGAUUGCACCGGAAAUGCAACGGGGCCAUCGAACCACCACCUCAGUCGAUAUUUUCUCGCUAGGCUGUGUAUUUCAUUAUGUGAUAUCCAAAGGAUUUCACCCGUUCGGGGACAAUCUUAAGCGACAGGCAAAUAUUCUGUCUGGUGAAUAUGAUCUAAGCACUCUUCACAACAUAGGAGUCCCUAAAAAUUUGUCCGUGUUGGCAGAGGAACUUAUAUGCGAUAUGAUCGCUGCUGAUCAGAAUAAACGGCCACCAGCGUCAGCUGUUCGAAAUCACCCCCUUUUCUGGAGCAAUGAGAGAAUACUUUCGUUCCUGCAGGAUGUCAGUGAUAGAGUUGAAAAGUCAGAUGUUCUCACCGAUCCAUUACGAACGUUAGAACGCAAUGCCCGAUAUGUUGUGCGAGACGAUUGGAGCUUACAUUUGGAUCAGGAAAUAACCAAUGAUCUGCGGAAGUAUCGCGGCUAUCAGGGCUAUAGUGUCCGAGAUCUUUUGCGAGCCCUUCGAAAUAAGAAACAUCAUUACCACGAACUAACCCCAGAUGUGCAGGAGGCUCUUGGUGCUAUCCCUCAUAAAUUCACACAAUAUUGGAUCAAUCGGUUUCCGCAUCUUCUAUCGCAUGCCUACCACUCGUUGGCUGAUUACUCCCACGAACCCAUAUUCCAUUCGUACUACAACGAUGAGGUCAACUAUCAGUUUAGCAAACCUGCAUAUUUCGAUGAGGAGGGCAACGAAAACUACGAACUGAUUCGUUACUACGAGGGAGCUCAGAAAAUGAAGGCCACCCAAAGUCCCAAACGAAAGCAAGUUACCAUUCAGGAUCCCGAGUCGGCGCCUUCAACCCCUUCGAAAAAUAACCGACGUGGGACGUACAAUUUUAGCAAGUAUUCAAUGGCCGACACCAGCUUCAUCACCAGGGAGCAAAUGAUGGGAAAGAGCUUGGCCACCACCAUAACCCCCAGUGCCACAAAUAACACCCCGGCAGCAGAAGAAGACACCAUCGUGAGUGAAGCGAUGGCAACAGAUAAAAUUGAUUCGGAUGCCUUUAUCACGGUGGAACGUCCUCACCACCACAAUCGAAAAAAGUUCAACAACAAUAAUAAUAAUAAUCACGUCCGAAGGAGAGAAAACGCCAAGGUGACGUGGGAUCUACAACCGCAAUCGGUACAAAAGAGUCAGUAGCGCAUCGGUCUCUCAUCGGAGGAUGGCUGAAAAUGGAAAUAUGACACUUUUGUCAUUACAUGUUAUCACGAUUGUGUUUCAUUCCCGUUAAAAAUAGUGUUCUUCGUUAGUUUUGCAAACAUACAUUUUUAGUGUCGUGUAUUUUUCCAUGAUACCUAGAUAAAUAGAGUUUAUUUUUGGAUCUUUUCUCCACUAGCAAAAUUUUUUGUCAAUCAAAUUUCCCUGUAUAUGCCAAGCCAACCCACAUUUUCCCAAUAGGAUAGUAUAAAAUAGACUCAAACUGGUGCAUCGUGUGAAACAAUCGAGUAUCUGUUGAGAUCUCAUUAUAACAGCACACAAUUCAAUAGAAAACAACCAAAAUAGUUUUUAAUAAACCAUAGAGCAUAAGUAACUAACAACAACCAUAUAUGAAAAACAUCGAUCAACACCGUGUGUGUGAAACACAAAAAAAAAACCGAACCUAAUGCACCGUCUGGGGGCAAGCACGCGCGUUAGAUUGUAAUUGUCUGUGAUACUAUUGCUAACCGGUUUGGAAAAGAGUGUAGUAAACCUUAUUGCUCUACCUUUUCGAGAGAGAGUGAACAUCUCCGCGAUUCAACUAAGGUGUUUUUUCUCUAGUGACUGCAAACCAAAUUGGUUAGUUAUUUUUAGGGGAAAACUUAGAUUUAAAGUAGCAAACACAUAAGAAAGCAAACAACUAUCGGGCAUAAAAAUCUACUUGUACAUUGUUUUGGUAAUGAAUAAAACUUAAUUUUAUUGUAAA